AUGACAAAUGUUAACAUCAAUGAACACAGUAUCGAGGACAAUUUCCACUAUGGUAACGCCAACUUCCGGCCAUCGCAUAAAGCCUUGCUAGGAAACCACUAUGGACAUGGAAUAAGGUUAUUUAUCAUCAUGCCUCCAAAAGAGAAAAAGAGAGCAACACCCUCUUCUGCAAACCAGCCGCCUGCUAAGCGACUGAAGCGUGGUCAGGUUCAGCCUCCACCUUCUUCUCUCUUCUCGCCUACUGUUGCCGUUGUCAGUGGUAACGACUCCACUACCUUGAAUACGGGAUCACCAAUGGAUCCCACCAGUCCAAUUGUACCUGAUCAGGACGAAACUCAGCCUGGGCCUUUCCAUCUUCCCAUGACUUAUGACGUACACCACCAGACAGAUGUCCUAAAUGCACCAGUGCUGUGCUCAGUUCAGCAUAUAUCUGCAUAUUCGAUCAGUGACGAAAAUCAAGCAAGAGUUAUUACAUCACCAGCGGGUAAUUUCAUCGUUGCGGACAGUAUGUAUUCAGAUCCACAAGGAGCGACAGCCGCGCCACAGUUAAUCCUCGAAUUCCAUGUGUCUGGAGAGGACGAAUGUUCUUCUCUUCUCCCUAGUGCCAGAGAGAUAUGUUCCAUGGUCCGUGUGUCUGGAGGGGACGAGUGUUCUUCGCUUCUCCCUAGUGCCAGGGAGAUUGGUCCAUUGUGUUUGAAGAGGACGGAUGUUCUUCUUUUCUCCCUGGUGCCAGAGGAAUGGGUCCCAUGGUCUAAGAUGAUAUCAAGGAAGGGCAGCCUCAACCCAGAACGGAAAUGUGAAAUAUGUCUGGAAAACCUUAUCAGCAUUGUGGAGUUGCAUGAUGUACAUUAUGUAGAAAAGAUGCAAAGGUACGUAUGUGUACUACUAUGUGGUAAACAAAACCCAUUACACACGUGGACGGGCUCUAAACGGACACUGAUUAAGUUAACGAAAACUUCGGCAUUUAAACUGACCAGAAACAUGGCGGCCCCCGAUGUUACCACAAAAUAUAAAGCGUCUGUCACGAGUAAAGGAGAAUUCGUCAGAUGUACAUCCGUGUUCCGCGAUUGGAUAACGGCGGAUGGAUCGUCCGGGUUUAAGUCCGAGGCGGGAAGAUAUCAUCUAUACGUUAGUCUCGCCUGUCCUUGGGCACACCGUACUCUGAUCGUCAGAAAACUCAAGGGGCUGGAACAGACCAUCACCUAUGACGUGGUUGAUUGGCUCCUGGACGGGGAGGGGUGGUCCUUCACAGACAAGAAGCCUGAUUGUACGCUGGACACAGUCAACGGCUGCUCGCGAUUGCGGGAGGUAUAUCGUAUGGCUAAUCCAGAUGAUAACAGUCGCAUCACAGUGCCCGUCCUUUGGGAUAAACAAAGGAAAACAAUAGUUAACAACGAGUCCAGUGAGAUUAUCCGCAUGUUAAACUCGGAAUUCAAUGCUUUUUGUACCACUGAAGAACAACGGAAGUUGGAUUUGUAUCCGGAACAUAUCAGGACCAACAUUGAUGGAUUAAACGAAUGGAUAUAUCCGAUGAUCAACAAUGGUGUGUACAGAAGUGGUUUUGCCACAUCUCAAGAAGCCUAUGAUGUGGCAGUACGUGAGUUGUUCCAGGGACUUGAUAGGGCGGAGAAUAUUUUGUCAAAAACUCGCUACCUAACCGGAAGUGAGUUAACAGAAGCAGAUAUCCGUCUGUUCACAACCCUGAUACGGUUUGAUUUGGUCUACGUAGGACACUUUAAGUGCAACAGAAAACGGAUUGUGGACUUCCCCAAUUUGUGGGGAUAUCUGAGGGAUUUGUAUCAGCUCCGUGGGAUUGCAGAUACCGUCAACUUUGAACACAUCACUAAACACUAUAUGAUGAGUCAUGCGAUGAUCAACCCAACAAGAAUAGUUUCCAUUGGACCAGAUAUCGACUUCACCACUCCACACGGCAGGGAAUCCAUGUCGAAAAGUUAG